CCAAGCAUAUAUAAGAUCUGUGGGAGGUAGUGUGUUUGACGUAGUGUCUGAAGAAGUUGGGAAAGUAACCAGUUGUGCCCAUAUUAUGUCACAUAAGGAAUGUGGGGAAAGCAUCCAGACACUCAAAGAAACUCUGGAACAAAGCAACCCAGUUAUGGAAACUGUGCUCAUCCCAUCUCAAGAGGGAGAAAAGACUGGCUCCAAGGCAGCCUAUGAUGCUGUUUCCUCUACAUCCACACUCACAGAAGCUGUGCCUAUUGUGUUACCAGUAGGCAUGAAGACUGAUUCUGGGGCUGCAAGCAGUGAUACAAAACCACAUGCUCUCAAAAGUGCAGAAAACACCAUCAGCAAGGAGAAGCAGCCCAGUCCACAGAUGCCAAUGAAGCCACCUGUUGAGACUCAACCCUUGAUGUCAGCAGAAGGGUCCAGUGACGACAAUGCAAUGAGCAACAAAGUGACUGAAGACAUAGCCAAAGAGUCCGAAGCAAAUAAAAUAGAAGCAUUGAGUAGUAUUGCAGCUACCACAGCAGACGAAACUGACAGCAUAAACAUGUCACCUAAUGCAGGCCAGUUGCCGAACCCUGAAGAAAAGCUGAUGCUGACUGAAAGCAACUACUUGCCAAUCACAGAGGAGGAACUAGCUAAGCUUGCUGAAUUUGAAUCUGAGGUACCCUCCACAGGAAAUCAGAGACCCCGUGGCUACUUUGUACGCCUAGGUUCACUAUCAAGCCAACUCCAGCCCCAGGCCUACAAACAUUCCCUGGAGAAGAUCAGAUGUGCUAAACUUGUCACCCAGGAGACACUAUUUCAGCUCUAUCGAACGAUUGACCUGAUUGAUUGUACCAAGGGAAGUGCUGAAAAACAUCAGAAAAGCCAGGAACAGCUACACAAACUGUGGCUGAUGUGGUGCAAGAGCCAGUCAGGAGAAGUCAUGCACAGUGGCUCACCACUACAGCAAAUUGAAGUUCGGACUCUGGCGAUGUCCUGUGACAUUGCCCUGAGACUACAGUCUGCCUUUUCAAACCUUAUGUCCAGUAUUCAGGGACUUCCAGACUGUAUCCAAGAAAAGUUCCAGAAAGCCUCUCACAACAUGGAGGAGCUUCACACUCUGUUUUCCACAAGUAAUUCCUUCCAGGACCUAACCAGCUCAGUGUUGAUCCAGAGCCAGGAAAAGCUGACUAAGGCACGGAAGAACCUGGAAGAGCUCUUAUUUUAUGUGGAAGACACUACUCCUCACACUUGGCUUGUGGGACCAUAUAUGCCCUCAAAAUGUUCCUCUACAGAACAAGAUCCUGUGGUGCUGGAUUCUCCUGAGGAAUCAAAAGAGGUUCUGCAUUACGUUUAAAAAAAAAUGUCACUUUCCAAACACUUAAAUCCUAUAAUCCUAUACUGUUAAAUUAUUUGGCACUGGAUUGUGUUUGUAAUUUAUGACUUGCACCAUAUUUGCCUUCUGGAUU